GGCCGUCGUUUGUUGGUUGGCAGGAAAGAGCAUAAGCGGACACAACACCAUGGCGGCUGCGGCGGUGGAUCUGCGAUCGGAUGAAGGGCAAACAUGGGUGCUGCAGUGUCUGCAAGCAGCACUAGCAUCAGACACUUCCUUGAGGAGCAGCGCAGAGGAGGCCCUUCGGAUGGCUGCACGGCAACCUGGUUAUGGAAUCUCCUUGUCCAAGGUUGUCCUUUCCGGUGAAAUUUCGUACGGGGUGCGCCAUUUGGCCGCCGUCGUCCUGAAGCAGUUUGUCAAGGAGGCGUGGAAGGCGGGGGACGGCUUGGAGAGCGACAAAUCGGCAACGCAAGCCAAUCAUCAACAGUUGACGGUUGCUCAUGCGGAGGACAAGGCGUUCAUUAAGGAGUUCCUACCGAAUGCACUCGGCGAUCCGGAGGGGAAGAUCCGUACCGCAGUUGGGAUUGUCGUUGCGACGAUUGCACAGAAGGACUGGCCAGAGGAGUGGCCUGGACUCAUGGAAUUUCUCCUUUCUUGCAUCCGCGACCACUCGUCCGUCGAUCGAGUCCAUGGCGCUCUGUGCUGCUUAUCCCUGUUCGCUGAUGAGAUAGACGACUCGCAGAUGCCGUCGCUUGUCCCUGUGCUGUUCCCGGGAUUGUUCGAGGUCAUUUCCUGUCCAGAGGUGUAUGGAGUGUCCGUACAGCGCCGGGCACUCGUGGUGCUCCACAGUUGCGUCUGCACGUUGGGCAUCAUGAGCGGCGAGUUUCAGAACGAGACCAAGGCACUGAUCUCCCCCAUGCUCAUGUCCUGGAUGGCAUACUUCAGCACCGUUCUGUCAAGGCCGACGACCACGGACAAUGCCGACGAUUGGAGCCUGAAGAUAUGGGUCCUUAAGGUACUCAUGCAAGUGGUGGUCAACUUUCCCAAGCUGGCUGCCUCGCACAUGCCAAACGUGCUGCCGCCCUUGUGGCAGCUGUUUGUUGGCUGUGCCGCUCUCUACGACGAGGUCGCAGGUGCGGAAUCGUCCCAGGACCUUGUCGACUCCGAUGGAGGCGAGCUCAGUCUUGAAGCUGUCAUCGUUCAGAUCUUUGAGUUCCUUAUUUAUCUCGUCGGACAGCCUCGGUUCCACAAAGCAGUCGUGGGGAGCGUGGGCGAUCUUGUGUAUCACUCCAUCGGGUGCAUGAAGCUGACGAGGCAUCAGGUGGAAACCUGGUCAGCGGAUCCAAACCAGUACAUCUCUGACGAGGAUGACCUGACAUUCAGUUGCAGGGUUUCUGGGGCCAUGCUGCUGGAUGAGCUUGCUGCAGCUUUUGACAAUGAAGGAGUAGCAGCGAUCCAACAGGCAGUGCAGAAGAGGUUGGAGGAGGCGUCUGCAGCAAGACGAGCUGGGAAUGCUGACUGGUGGAAGAUCAGAGAAGCUGCCAUUCUCGCGAUAGGGGGAGUGUUCGAAGCGAUUCUAGAGGCGAAGGACGCUGAGGGCACGAACAGAGCAUCCAACUUUCUCUCCACCCUGCUGGAAAGUUUUCUGCGAGAGGAUCUUGGCAAUCCCAGCGAAUCUUCCCCAUUUCUGCAGGGCCGCGCACUCUGGGCAGCAUCUCGGUUCUCGGCUGGUGUCCCAGGAGACAGAGUCGUUCCUUAUCUUGAGGCAGCUGUGCGGGGCUUGGCACCCGGGAAUCCUGUGCCAAUCAUGGUUGGCGCCUGCAGGGCGGUCUCUGAGUUCUGCCCAAGGAUCAACAAAGACAUCCUGCGUCAGUGCCUGCCCGCCAUCUAUCAGGGAAUUGGUGGCCUUCUGCAGCAGGCAACCGAAGAGACCCUCCAUUUGGUCCUGGAGACGCUCCUUGUUGCUGUGAGGGGGGAUGCUGCAACUGCCGCAGCUAUGGAGCCAUCAGUGUCCCCUGCAGUCCUCAAUGUCUGGGCCGCUCAUGUGACGGAUCCGGUCAUCUCCGUUGAUGCUAGUGAUGUUAUCGAAGCCCUCGCUGAGAUUCCCGAGUGUGCCGAAUCGCUCGUUGCCAAUGCACUGCCUGCGCUGGCAAAAAUUUUGUCGAACCCUGACCAGCAGCCGUCAGGGAUGAUCGAGGGUGCAUUGGACAUGCUUACCAUGUUCUUGCUCAAGGCACCGGUGCACGUAGUGCGCAACAUGUACGAGACAUGUUUCACUGCUGUGUCGUUGUUGGCGAUGAAGAGCGAUGACAAUGGGGAACUGCAGUCAGCAGCGGAGUGUCUGGCGGGCUUCCUGCGGGCAGCAGGUCCAGGUAUCCUGGAAUGGGACACAUGUGGGCCCGAUGCCACGCUGAAGCGUCUGCUGGAAGUUUGUGCGAGGCUGUUGACGCCAGAUCUGGAUGCUUCAGCAGCCCUGUACGUAGGCAACCUUCUUGUUCAGUUGCUGCGCCAACUUCCGGGAUUGAUGGCCCCCCAUCUGCAGAACCUUGUCAGAGCAUUGACAAUCAGGAUGUCGAGUCGGAGCACCCCCAAUUUGGAAGCGGCGCUCAUCCUUGUGUUCGCACGGCUGGUCCACAUGAGUGUUCCAAAUGUUGGCCAGUUUCUGGACCUGCUAAGUUCAGUGCCAGUCGACGGGCAUGGGAAUGCACUCUCCUUUGUGCUGUCGCACUGGGUUGAGCAAGAGGAUCUUCUCCAUGGGGAGUAUCAGAUGAAGGUGGCUUACACGGCACUGGCUCUCAUUCUUGCAUCGCGCGAUCCCAGGAUGGCUGCUGUGCAAGUCAAGGGUCAGAUGGUAAAAAACGCAGAAAAAAGUGGCAUCGUCACCCGAUCAAAGUCGCGAUCCUCACCGGAGCAGUGGACGACCGUGUCGCUCCCGUCAAAGAUUCUAGCCAUUCUCGCAGACGCUCUCAAUGGGACACAGGAGGGGGCAGGUGUUGGAUUGAUUGGAGACGAGGAGUGGGACGAGGCCGGCGAUGACGAUGAGCUAGACGAUCAAGAUGCUGAAGUCGUAGAAGAGCACCAGAGAAUUUCAGGUGCAGAAACAGGCAAAUCAGUUUUCCAACCUGCCGAAGCGUUGAAGGGACUCCUGUCGGACGUGCUCGAGGACGGCGACUUCUUUGAAGACCCAGAUGCUGCCAAUGAUCCGAUUAACAAGAUCGACCUCGCAGUGUACCUGAAGGAAGCUAUUAAGCAAUUCGCUUUGCAGGACAAACAUGCAUUCGAAGAGCUUUGCAAGCAGCUGACCGAAGCGCAGAAGUCGGUUGUGUAUGGGGCAGUUCAGACGGCAGCCGCCUGAGUUUUUGAGUGAAAAAACUGUGGUACACUUGCCGCUAUCUGCGUACACUUGCUCUUCAGGCAUCGCUGUAACCUCAAAGCCUGUGUCGCCUCAUUGUUGUUCCUCCCGGCUACUUCUACUCUUCCCAUGAGAACCCACCCCUUCACACCUUCACAGAUGGGAUACCUGGGAUACCAAGUCCCCAAGUAUGCCUAUCAUAACUGAGUACCUAUGGUACGGAGGAGGAGGAUGUACGUCUUCAAUCUGAGCGAGUGCACAUGCCAGAGAAGGGCGAGCUCCCCUGUGCGUUUAUCGUUCAGCCUCCAUACAAUUUCGCCGUCUUGCACCACCUAUCAUCUCUUUUCCCCCGGAUAAAACGUAAGUCAUUAUUCCCCUAUCUAGAAUGGAAGUUGCCGCAAAUACAGCUAUGAUGACUGGUCGUUCUAUUUGGGGAACCUGGUCCUCAGAACAUGGAACCAGAUCCUCAGAGUGUGAAACCUGGUCCUCGCCUCGGUUCUCAGAGUGUGGAAUCCAGUCCUCAGAACCUAGAACCAGAUCCUCUGAGUGCGGAACCUGGUACGCAGAACCUGGAACCAGAUCCUCUGAGUGUGGAACCUGGUCCUCAGAUUCUUGAACCACCAGAUCCUCUGAGUGUGGAACCUGGUCCUCAGAACCUGGAACCAGAUCCUUGUGGAACCUGAUCCUCAGAACCUGAAACCAGGUCCUCAGAUUCUUGAACCAGGUCCAUGGAAUGGGCAACUUGGUCCUCAGAAUCUUGGGUCCGUGGUUCUCAGAGAGUGGAGUGUGGUCCUCAGAGCCUGGAACCAGGCCCUUAGAGUGUGGGACUUCGUUCGUGGUGGAACUGGGCCCUCAAGGUGCAGAAGCUGGGCAUCAUAGUGGGAAAUCUGGUCCUCAGUGGGCGGAAGCCGGUGCACUGGAGUGCGGAAGCGGCUCCUCACUAUCUCACUACUACUAUGGUCUACCGGAUGGAACAGCAGCUGACUACAGAUGGCGAUUAAGGCGCAUGGGUGGGAGAGAGGAAGCAGGCAUUUUCCUGACAAAGGAAUGACCUUGCAUUUGUUUUGUUUUUUUGAAAGAAUUGGAUAGUGUAUGUAGGAGUAUGUAGCGGAACCAACUUGCCUAGCUCAGUCGGUACACCCAUGAACUGUUGAUAUACAGACCUGAGUUGGAAUCCAGAUGCAACCAGAUGUUUGGAUGGUAUGCAGUUCAGCAUCUUGUAGUAUGAGAGAGAGAGAGAGAGAGAGAGAGAGAGAGAGAGAGAGAGGUUGGGAGCACAUUGAAACGGAGAGGUGGGUGGCGGGCAGGUGAUGUGGAGGGGCUGUUUUUUCUCAGCCAUAGUCCACAAGCCUUCUCCUUUCUUUUCGCCGGCUUCCGUAUUUUUGGAGUUAUUUUUGUCCUUGUCAUCCAUGGGAGAGAGAGAGGAGUACGUAGGUCAUCUCUGUUGUUGUUGUUGUUGUUGUUGUUGUGGAGUUUGCGGAUCUUUUCUUACUUCUGUUUUUGACAGGGUUGACAUCAACGCUUUGCGGCAUCCUCAGCUUUGGAUUUUCUCUGCUCUUUGACAUGCGCAGAGUCCAUCUCUGUUGUUGUUUUGGAGUUCGUUUUCGCCUUUUUGUUUGCUUCUUUUUCCUAAGUUUUUCACGGUUUGGCUUCGAUGCGCCAAGGAAGCGAAAGGGAUGUGUGUUCUCUUUUCCUUCUUCGAUUGGUGAUAGGCAUAUCAGAGUUUUUUCUGCUCUUCGACAUGUGCAGAGUACA